AUGUCUGUUGCCAACUUGAAUACACUCAAUUUCGAUGUACUUAUCAACAUCGCUCGUUUCUUGUCUAUGCGAGACCUCAUAGCCCUCUCUCAGACCUGUAGACAAGCUUAUUUGAGAUCUCGGGAAUCCGUCGCAUUCUGGUGGCACGUUCUCAAGGAAAUAAAACAAGCAUACCUAUCAAAGAUAGGUCCCUGGACCUCUUACUCGGCUAUAGAACUUCGAGAGGCGGUCAUUAGAUCUCUUCGAGCGCUGAGGGCUUGGAAUUAUGCGGACCCUCUCAAGGCAACCAAAAUUGUUACUAUUUAUCUGCCACCACGAGACUCUUUUGGGCUGAACCGGAUAGCAAUUAUCCCGAACACGCGAUGGAUGAUUCAGCUGGCUCGUAGAGACGUCAAUAUUUACGACAUGAAUACUGGUCAGCAGUUAGGAUCAUUUGCAACUGUGGAUAAUGCGUCAACAUUCCUGGGCGACUGUCGAGCCGUUGCACCUGACGAGUGUGUGUUGUUGAUCGGUAACACGAGAGACUGCAUUGCUACAGUCUAUAAGCUCAGACUCUGCGAUCCAGACCCACAAGCCGUUGCAUCCUCAGUCCUCGUGGAGCAGACCCACACGAUUAUCUACAAUAGACGCAGUUCUUUCCCAAAGCUCUCCGGGGACGGUCGAAUGGUCGCCAGUGUCGACGAGAGUUCCCUAAAGCUUCACAUUCUGGAGAAUGGUAGAACUCUCUACUGGAAGCACAAUUCCCUUAGGCCCCGCCGGUUUGGUUUCUAUCGUGAUCUACUACUUUUCUAUCAUUGUUCCAGCACCGCCGUCAGCAUGGCAGGAAUACACAUCCCUUCAGAGUUGGAGGAAGGCUCAAAUGCUAGAAAAGCGCUGAACAUCACGACACUUGAGCUCGAGUCUUCGCCGACGCUGAUGGCCCCCGUCGAAGACAUCUGGUCUCAGCCCAUCAAGCCCAUUAAUGACGUUAUGUGGAAUCAAAGCAGUGAUGACUCAAUCAUGGCUUUGUAUCUGGCCACAGAGACGCAUAUAGCUCAAUGCUGCAUCCAGGUCUCCCUUCGCCAAUUGACUCUUCGAGAAGCUACGACCUCAAAAGCUGCUCAGUUCUAUCCUGAUUUCUCUUUACAAACGCCCAGAGGAUCAGAUAAAACAACCAAAGACGCACGCUCGCCAAACAUUAUUGACCUGAUACCUCUUCCCAGAAGCGCUUACAGGCGCUCCAAUACCCAACAUACCAUAUUCGACUCGAUCUCGGACUCUAUUCCCGCUUUUGAUAUCGAGUGGAUCCAUGUACUAGGUGUCGAUCAGCCAGGUAUUAUUAGGAGAAUCGAACUUCCAAGAGAAUACAGAUUUAUCCACGAACUGGAGCUUACUGCCUUUGACGAAGAGUCUGGUGUUAUGUUAUUCAGGAAGGUGGAGGCAAUGUUUGUCGUGUGGUUCGCCUGA